AUGAGUAACAAUCGAGUGGAAAAUGCAAGACCUGCCUCAGGUAGAAGAAAAUUAAGAACUUUACUGCUUCAGAGUGAUAAUCGUUGUUGUGCUGAUUGUAAUGCUCCAGAUCCUAAAUGGGCGUCUGCCAACAUUGGAGUUUUUAUAUGCUUAAAAUGUUGUGGUGUGCACAGAAGCCUCGGUACUCAUAUAUCAAAGGUUUUGUCUGUGGCAUUGGAUGACUGGUCAGAGGAUGAAAUAGACGCAAUGAUGGAGGUGGGGGGAAAUGCUUCUGCUAAUUCAAUUUAUGAAGCUUAUAUUCCUGAAGGAGUUACAAAACCUGGACCAGAUGCUGAUCAUGAUCAGCGUUCAAAGUUCAUAAGGGCAAAAUAUGAAUUUCAAGAAUUUCUGAAACCAAGUUUGCGCAUUGUAUCUGGGAAAAGCAGCAUAGGAUCAAGUUCUGCCAAAAGUUGUGCGGAUAGUUUUAGAAGUACUAGUAGUACACAGAGAACGGAAGGUAUGGUAGAAUUUAUUGGAAUGUUGAAGGUGAAAGUGAUUAAAGGCACAAAUUUAGCCAUCAGAGAUAUAAAGUCAAGUGAUCCGUAUGUUAUUUUGACCCUUGGCCAGCAGACUGUCCAGACAUCUAUAGCGAGGAGUAACUUGAAUCCAGUGUGGAAUGAGGAAUACAUGCUGUCUGUUCCAGAGCAUUAUGGACAGAUGAAAGUGAAAGUAUUUGAUUAUGACACAUUUUCCGCUGACGAUAUUAUGGGAGAGGCAGACGUUGAUCUCCAGUCUCUGAUAACAUCUGCCAUCGCAUUUGGAGAUGCUGGAAUGUUUGGCGAUAUGCAGAUAGGAAAAUGGUUACAAUCCGAUGACAAUGCACUUAUUGAGGAUAGCCCAGUCAAUAUUAUUGAUGGUAAGGUUAAACAAAUGAUUGCACUCAAGCUCCAGAAUGUUGAGUCUGGAGAAUUAGAUCUUGAACUCGAGUGGAUUCCUCUUGAUCAAUAG